AUGCGGAAAAAUAAGAGGGGUGGUGAUGAUCUCACAAGAAGCUCGCAUGGGGGAAGAAGAGCUAAGAGGGCGACGAUGAUCUCAGAAGAAUCUCGCGAAGGAAUAGAAGAGACAAUCCAGAUCCCAGGUGACUUACAUGGUGACUCGAAUCAAGAUGUCUUGACUGAGCUCAGCGAUGAAGUUAAAUCAAAUAUGUCGAAAAGUGUUGCCUCACUUGCUGUGUGCAGUGGGGACACACUGUUAUUUGCAUGCUCAGGCAUAGCUAUAGAGCGCGAAUUAUAUGUUACAAAGUUUGUGACUUCACCAAAAUUGGCUCUAGUUUUCAGAAGUGCAAUAUUCGAAAAGAAGCAUAACAACGUAAAGAUUGAGGUGCGCCAUGUAGGCACUGAAGUUUACCAGGGUUUCUUAGACAGCGAUGAUGUAGAUGAACACUUUUCUGUUGUCAAGGUCAAGACCUUCCUUGAUGUUAAUGUUGGACUUAUUGAGCAUGCUGAGGGGAUUCUGCCUUAUGGUAAGGUGGUAGUUUUAGGGCGUGGCACCUCCGGUGAAUUAAUGGCAAAAAGUGUGAUACUGGCUGGCGAUGUAAGUUGGCCUAAAUAUAAUGAAUAUGCUGUGUUGUCUGUGGCUAAAAUAACGAAGGAUUGGGAAGGUGGGCCACUUUUUUCUUUGGAUGGGAACUUUAUCGGCAUGAACCUUUUUCUGGUUAUGGAAAGAGCUUUUUUUCUACCAUGGGGUGUAAUGGUCUAUCUGGUGUAUAACUUUAAGACUCCCCUAGAGAACAGGCAUGGAGAAGGACCCUCACAUGAGAUGUUCAAUCGCUAUCAAGACGUUUAUAAAACUGGCAUCGAGCAUAGUCUGUUUGGGGAUGUAGACAAGAUGGGUUACCCCAAGCUACCAGUAACUAUGCUGGAUGAUGGCUUGGUUUUGGUUAAUACUUUUGAAGACACCUUUGGCGACGUAUGGGGUGAAGGUGUCUGGAGGGAACUUGGGAAAAAUGCUUCUGACAUAAGUCGCAUUGUUGUCGCACUUGCUUCCUUGAAUGGUGAAAAAAUGUUUUCUGCAUGCACGGGUUUUUUUAUUCGAUGGAAUGGCUCAACCACCAUUCUGACAUCUGCAAGCCUGGUUAGAGAUCAUUGUGAUGAAAGCAAGAUUGUUGAAAACUUGACGAUUAAAGUAUUGCUUCCAAACAAACUUGUCCGAAAAGGGAACAUAGAGCAUUACAGUCUACAUUACAAUGUCGCUCUAGUCAGUGUCGAGGAUUGCCGUGUUAUCCGACCAGCAAAGAUUCAGCUUGAUUGUAUUGGUAUUUCCCGUGUAGCAGCUGCAGGGCGUUGCUUCAGAUCAGGCACAGGCACGAUAAUGGCCACAAGUGGGCGUCUGGUUUCCUGGUCAGGCAGGCUUGAUUGCAAGUUCAUUUUACGCUCCACAUGUAAAAUCAGUAAGGCUGGGAUUGGAGGACCCAUUUUUAAUAUGCGUGUAGAGGUUAUCGGCAUGAACUUCUAUUCAGAGAAAAUAGGCACCCUUUCCUGCUAUGGAAUGAGAUUGGCAACAUCCUGGCAUAUUUUAAGGAAAAGAGUGAUGCUGGUGAGGUUGCCAAGGACAGUGGUUCCUCUUUCUGGAAAAUGGAUGGGGAUGACAGAGUUCGGUUAA